AUGCGCCGUGUAACUUCGCUGUUGCCAUCAUGGGAUCGAAACAGACAGGAAUCUCAAAAAGGUACCGACCGUCCUUGGGUCUGGGCAGAAAAUAAAUAUUCGCCGGCUCUCUUUCAUCACCAUUCAUUUCUUUCGGCCGAGCAAAUGAGACACGUCGCCCGGCAGACUAUUGCAAAUAUCGAUCCCAGCAGUAACAAGUUUGGACAUGAAUCCCUCUGGCCCACAACUCUUGAGAAAGAGUCUGAGAAAGCUGCGAGAAUAUUACACUCGUUUUGCAAAGAUGGCUUUCUCACCGAGCACGACUCAACCUCAGAUUAUGCUUUAAGAAGCCCACGUCCGCUUAGUAUUAUUCCUCCGCACGUUAUUAGAAAAGCUGUCGGUUUGGCCAUAUUUACGGCAAUGCGUGCUGGGCUAUGGAUCUCCGGCGCAGGUGGCUCGGGUGUUUUAAUGGCGAGAAAGGAAGACGGUGACUGGAGUCCCCCUUCCGGUAUUCUCUUACACACAACCGGACUCUCAUUUCCAUGCGGUACUGAUAUAUAUGACUGCGUUAUCGUAAUUAAUAAUAAGGAAGCGCUCGGAACCUUUACAAAGCCUCAGUCGAUCCUAGGCGAACACAUACAAUCAGUCACUGGACCUCUAGGUAUUGUCGGAGAUACCUUUAAUGAUGUACCCCCAUCUAAAAACUUACAAUCGACUUUCACGUAUCUCAAAGCCCAUGGCUUUCACGCUGAUGCACAGAUGAACGGAACGGUAAUUAUUGAGCGUAAUGAUGAGAACGAACGCUUCUAUGGACGACCAGUUACAGUUUCAGAUAUUAUGGAGGAAAACUUUGAACCGGAACCCCUGGAAGUAAGAAAACUUAUGGAAACUGCCAAAGCAUCAGAGGGACGCAAAGAUUACAACUAUACCUUGACAGAUCCACUCGUAGACCAGCCAUCUCCCGGAGACGUUGAUAUUCACUCAUCUCGAAGCUCUUCUUUUGGGAUUCCAGAAGCUGAGGAUCCUGAUCCUUUCGGCGUUGUUGCACUCGAAAAAGCUGGCUUCGAAAUUAGAGAGUCAGGGACACGCAGUAGGCCUUCAUCUUCACAAUUUGAGUAUCAUCCCAGCUCAACCAGUCCAAUAUUCGCUAGGUUUAAUCGCAUGAGCAUAGAUACUGUUGCGAGUCGGAGUAAUCGUGGAAGUUAUGUCAGUACUAGAACAAGGAACAGUACCGACAGGGCUAUCCAAACUGUAGAGAUGGGCACACAAACAGAAGAGCUUUCUUCACCCAGUAUAAGUUCGGUCUACACUGAGCGUAGGCGGACUUUGGACGAGAAAUUUCAAAAAGAUAUUGUACCAGAGCCCGAAGAAGUCGAUUAUACUAAGAUUGACUUGGGUCCUCUGGCACAUCUAAGUAACCGCCCAUUAGAUCUUUGCACUAUCACAGAAUCAAUUCGGCAGGAAGUCGGACACGAGACUCAAUCCUCGCACCGGGAAGAAAAUAACAACAGGAAUGAGGAUGAGGGAGAGUUGGAAUUGGAAGAAGAAGAAGAGGAAGAUGAGGAGCCCAUAAUAUUUGAAGCAGCAUCAGCGCAAGCUGCUAUUGCUCGCACUGCAAUGAAUGCGCGGGGUGGUUUGGUUGAUAUCCCAAAGAGAUUGCCUCCACCUCUUCCUGCUCGCAGUGCAUCACGCGGAUCUCUUUACUCAUCCACCACCAGUCCACUUAAAAGUCAGUUCGAGGCAGGAGAGUCCCGUUUCAAGGAGUACGGAAGCCCAGACUUGAGAGUUUACAACCCCAGCCGAUUUUUCAUGCCAAUGAACGCACCCCCCUUACCUGAACUGGAAGAGUUCGCCGAUGAAAAUUCGCUAGCAUCAGAAAUCCCAAAGACAACUCGAGCAAUUUCUUCCUAA